CUGCACAAACCACAACAGAAGCCUGGGCCAUUCAAGUGGGAUAUUACCUGAUGUGGUUGUCAUUAUUGCCUAAUUAUAUUUAACCGAGUGCAAAAUAACGCUUACUAGAUUCGGACAUGGCAGGUUUACCGCCCGGAGACCCACAGCUGGUCUCCAUGAUCGUCAAUCAUUUAAAAACUCAGGGUCUCUUCGACCAGUUCAGGAGGGACUGCCUGGCAGACGUUGACACAAAGCCAGCUUACUUAAACCUGAAACAAAGAGUGGAUAACUUUGUGUCCAAUCACCUUUCCAACCACACAUGGAGCCCUCAUUUGAACAAGAACCAGCUGAGAAACAACAUCAGACAACUUGUGCUGCAAUCUGGGAUGCUGGAGCAGGGGGUGGACAGGAUCGUGGCCCAGACGGUGGAUCCCAAAGUCAACCAUAUCUUCAGGCCCCAGGUGGAGAGGGUGGUUCGUCAAUUUCUGUCACCUGGCAGCUGCUCGGAGGAAGAGCCGCCGCCGCCACUGCCUUCAACUGAGAUCAAACCAGACAGCAUCAUACCUGAGCAAGCCUCGUCAUCAGCUCCAACUACCGCUGCAGCCGGCAACGCCAUGUCCAUCCUGGACACCAUAACCUCUCUUAACCACGAGGCCAGCGUCAGGGCGAGCACCGAUAAAGUACGUAAAGAUGAGCCCAUGCUGGCGGAAGAGGGCGAGCAGGACAUGUGUAUUGUUGAGGAAGGAGACAGCCACCAUGAGGAAGAGGCAGAGGAGUUGGCAUCAGAGGUUCAGGCUCUAGAGGUGAAGACAGAGGACACCCACGAAGAGGUUGCUCUGGGAAAAGACGGGUUAAUAGAGGAGGUGAAGAUGGAAGAGGAGGAGUCAGGAGCUCCGGAGCAGACCGAAGAGGAGAAGGAAAAAGCGGCAAAACCCACGGAGGAGGGGCAGGAUGAUGAUCUGCUGAAAUCUACAAGUCAGGCUAAGCAGAACGCCAGAGAGAGGAUUAAAGAAGAAUACUUUUUGGAGGACUCUGACCUGGACGGCUUGAGCGACAUCACAGUGAGCUCAGUCCACACCAGCGACUUGUCGUCAUUCGAGGAACAAAGUGAAGACGACGGGCUGUCUGACUCGUCUGAAGAGGGGGAGCUUCAAUCAGAUGAUCAAGAUGAGAAUGCAGAGAAGAAACAGACAGAUGCUGAAGAAGAGGAGCGAAAACCUCGCCGCAAGGCCUACGUCCACAAGCCCUUCCUUUACUCCCGUUACUAUAGCGACUCGGAUGAUGAAGUCACUGUGGAAGAACGAAGGAAAUCUGUGGCAAAGGACAAAGAGGAAAGGCUGCUCAAGAGACAACAGAACAGGGAGCGAAUGGAAGAGAGGCGUAAACAGAAAGCAGCGCAGGCUGAGGAACAAGAUCAUAAAAAACAAAACCGCCCCAGAGCCAAAGAGGCUCGCAAAGAAAGGAAAGUUCUGGAGAAAAAAAUGGCUCUCAACAGGAAGAGGAAGCUAGACUCAAGGAAAGAGGGAGAGGGUUCAGGCAGAAAGAGAGGAGAUACUGAAGGAUCCAAGAAAGCGGAAUUGAAACCUACACCCUUAAAGCCUCCACAGCCAAAAUUGAUGAGAAAUUUAUCAGAAUCAGCUUCGUCUGAUGAGAGGAACAGAAGGAUGAGCGGCAGCUUCUCAGAAGACUCCGGUGAACCCAAAAAGCUCUCAGACAAAAGCCGGACACACUCCUUCAUCCUGGAGUUGGAGCAAGGUUCCCAAGAGGCUCUCAAACAACGCACCGUCGGCAAAUUUGAUCGGGUGUCCCGUAAGGAACCUAACCCUAAAGAACGCAAAGACAAAGAACGCAGCUCUUCAGAUGAACGUUUCAAACUCAAACAAAAGCAGGAGAAAAAAUCCGAACAUCAAGCAGAUGAGUCUCAGCAGAAAGAAGGUGCUGCUGUUAAAGUGUCCUCUGAAGAGAAAGGGGAGAAGAAGCCUAAGAUCAAAAGUGAGAAAAAAAUGGCCGGGACUACAAGAGAGGGGAAGUCGUCAGAAGGUGUGGCAGAGGAGGGUCUUAAAGAUCCUACUGUCAAAAAAGUAAGAGCUCCAUCUAUUGAUACUGUUAAAACAGAGAAGGACAAAACAAAGGAAAAGGAGAAAGAAAAGGAUAAGGGUAAAGACAAGGCCAAAGGAGAGAAAGCUUUAGUGAAAAGUGAUUUCAAGCAGCUGCUCCGCCAUGAUUCUGCCGGCUCUUCUGAGGAUCGAUCAGACAUGGAGCCCGGGUCCGACAGCAGCAAGAGGAAAGAUAAACACUCAAAGGAAGUCCUGAAGCGGUCAAAGAGCCACACUGAGAACAGGCCAGGAGAAAAACCCAAAUCCAAAACGGAGGGUAAAGACAGCGAGAAGGAGAAGAGCAAAGCAGAUCAAGACAGCCAGAAAUCCAACAAGUCCAGCUCGGAGAUGGACAAAGAUUCCAAAAGAGUCAAGCCCACAGAGAAACUUAGAACCAUGGAUAAAUCUAAAUCUAAAGAGGAAACAAAGACUCAAUCAUUAUCGAAGACGGACAGUAAAGCUCAGAGUUCAGAAGUCAAAAGUUCAGCAGCAAAACCUGAGGCGUCAAAGGAGAGGAAAAAAGAGGUAAAGGAACAGCCGAAAGUCUCAGAGGAAAUUCCCCAGGAGAAACCAGAUAUUAAGACUGCAAAGAAAAAAACAGAGAAGAAGGAUAAAGUGCCAGAAAAGAAAGAGGACAACCAGGAGGAAAAGAAAACACCCAGAGAAGACAAACUGGACAAAUCGGACAAAUCUUCAAAGUCUUCAGUCUCCUCACUCGAUGCAGAGGAGCUGCCGAAGAAGCUUUCCCUUCUCCAAGAAACCAACACCGACUCAGACCCCGUCACCACCACCGUCACCACCUCCUACUCAGACGAUACCUGCGAUGCACUGAGCGACAUCACCCCUGAGCCACCCGAGGGCGAAACAGAGUCCCGACUUAGCGAGAUCCCCGCCCUGCCCGCCGAGGCCGACGCUCUGCUGGCUCUCAUGGAUGUCUGUGCUUCAGCAGAGGCGAGACUCCCACCGGAGGGGCCUGAGACCAUUCUGCAGGACGCUGAUCUGAUGAAAGAGGCAGCUCUGACCCUGCUCUCCAUGGAUCCUGAAAGUACAGUCGCCUCCAAACUCAUUCCCCCCAAUACAGGGGAGAAACCAGACGAAAGUCAGCCUGCCCAACAACCCGAGGAAACCCCUGAAGCUGAACAAGAAGAGCAAAUAGCUGCUGAAGCUGAGCCUUCACCUGCUGCUGCUGAUGAGAAACAAAACACUGCAGAUGUGUCUGAAGGUUCAGAGAAAGAAAACGAUGUGGCAAAAGAGUCUCCGGCUCCACAGGAUGUUGAAACUACUUCAAAUGAACCCCAAGUUAUUUCAAAUAUGGAUGAAGCUAACAUUGAAGAAAUCGCUCCUGAGAAACAGCCAGAUGGAAACGUGGCAGCAGCAGCAGCAUCAACUAGCAAAGACGAGGCUGGUACUGUAGUGUCAGAAGAGGUUGGAGAAACCACAGAGGAAAGCACAGCUGCAGUUGAUACCACUGAACAAGUCUCGGACAUUCCCGCCGAACAAGAGCAAACUGAGGCAGAUGCUGUAGACACAAAGACGAGCCCAAAGGCAGAGGAAGUGUCAGCUGAUGACGACCAGGACAAGAUGGAUGUAGAUAAUAGUGAAGCUGAGAGUAAGACGGUGGAGGAAGAAAAAGCUGCCACAGAGAAGAGUGAUCCACAAACUAUGGAACACAAUGCACCGCAGGAGACUGAGGAGAUCAGAGAAAGUGGAUCGGAGGGUCAGUCCACACUGGUCAAACAAAUCAGCAAUGUCUCCAGUACAGACAGCCAGGAAGAUGAGAAGGGGUCAGAUCUGUCCGAAAAGGAAGAGAAGACGGAGAGACGAGGAAGACGUAAACGAAAGCUGUCCACUCAGGAAGUUGCUGCAGUGAAGGAAUCUGGUGAUGAGAGGGAUGAAAAGGAAAGCAAAGAGCCGCCGUCUGUUGAGGAAACGGACCAGGGGAAGGUUGUGGAGGUCAGAACGCCACGCAGAGGUCGAUCAUCCAAAACCAGCGAGGAGGCCGAGAAGGAGCACCCUAAAGAAGCUGAGAAAUCGGAGGAGACUCCGACCCGCGGGAGGAGACGUUCAGGAGCUGCUGCCAAAGAAGCCGUCGCUGAUUAUCAGAACAAAGACGACAAGACCACCGAGAAAGAAGAGACAACGGAAGAGGAAAGUGGACCAAGGAAAUUAACCCGGCGAGCAAGUCAAGUCAAUCUGCCGUCUACUGUUCCAGAAGACGCUGAAGCUGCAGGAAGCUCCGACUCCAAAGACACCACUGACGCACGUAAACCAGCGGUGAAGAGGAAGAGGUCAGAGGAUACGGAGGAAUCUGUGGAGGAAACUCAGGCUGAAGAGGAGGAGAAGAAAGACACCAGCCAACAGGAACAAAGUGAACCACCUGAAGAAGACAGAGGUUGUUCCCCUUCAGCGAGCCAGGUAGAGAGUGAAGAGGAGAUCUGCAGCGAGAAGAAACCAGACGAGGUUGAAGAGGAGGACCAGGAGGCGACUCCAAAGAGAACCGGUCGGAGGGGACGGCCGUCAAAAUCAGCAGCAGCCCCCGAGGAUCCAGAUAAAAAGGAGCGAAAGGCAGAAGAAAGCGAGCAGAAUGAUGAGGAGGAGGACGAUGACGGUGAUAAAGAAGAGGGAGAAAAAAGAAACGCAAGGAGAGCGACGACGCGAUCUGCAGCGCGACUGGAGGCCGAGAAGAACAAGCCGAGUAAACCAUCCACCCGGGCAAACCGACAGAACGGCAAAGAGGAGAGCGCGGCUGGCACACGCGGGACGAGGGGCCAGGCAGCAGCAGCAGCGGUGGCGAAGGGGGGCCGCAAACGGGAGGCCAGCCCCCCUGCUGUGCGAACGCGGGGAGGACAGAAAUCAGAGGAGCCCCCGUCCAAGAGAGCCAAACGCUAAAACCUCAGACUUUCUGUUUGCCCCGGAGGCGUUUUCGCUGCACUCCAUAUUAAAGUCAGUCCUGUUGCCGGGGGACAUGAGCCUCCGCAGUCAGUUAGCAUGUCGAGGCGUUUCUGCUUCACUGACUAUAGAUAUUGAAAAGCUCUGGAUAGUAUUAAUCUGAUGGUUGUGUGUAAACCUGAGGAUCUGUGCGGGAAUCCCCCCAGAAUACCUUCCACUGCACUACGCCCAUAUGGUUUGCAUCGGACUUCAUCAUCCCACCGUUUAUUCAGUAAUGCCCAGCGAAUCAGAGUGUUUCAGCCCAAUCAAAGGCCUAACGUGCAGCCGAGUCGUUCUUUCAGGUAAAGAGGCCGAAUUAAAAUCUCCGUUCCUGCUGGGACUGUGUGUAAAUUCAAACACUUGUACAUAGAAAUCAUUGUGAAGCGUCUCAGCAUCAUUGUGAGUUUUAUUUUUCAAUAUUCAUUCUGUGAAUGAAAGGAGAAGUUUUCCCUCCCAGUCUUUUUUAACGUCUGUUUUUUAUACUUAAUAAUCAGAAGGAGAGGGACGUGUGUUUGCUUUUUAAAAAUAACGGCAGUAUUAGCAUCAGACAGGACAAACCUUGAACAGUUACUUUAUACUACUUCAUUACAUUAGUGUAACAAAGAACAGUUUGUUGGGGUCUAAACUGGUGUAAUGUAGUUAUUGUAUUGUUUUAGCAUUAAAUGCAUAUCAAUAUACUGGUGUUAGAUAUGUUGCCUACCUUCCAAUGUUAAGAUUUUUAUAAAUGUAAACAUACCUCA